AUGGUAAUAAAUUACUCUUAAUAUAUUAUAAUCAAUAUUUUAAUUAAUUUGAAGAAUCCUUGUAUUGCAAUUAUUAUCAAUAACCAAUAAAACUAUAGUAAAAAUUAUCAUAGCAAAAAGACUAAAUAUUUUUUAUUUCGCAAGAUAUAUACAAAUUUUUUUUAUACAUAAAUCUAUCUAUCUGUCCUUCAAACUAUGAAUAUCUAAUCCGAUUAAAAUAUACUAAUAUUUAGCCAAAAAGGUUUAGCUUUUCGUAAUUAAAUUAGAAUUAAUUCCAUUAGAGAAUAGGCGCAAAAAAAAUAGCAAGAAUCUGAAGCUAGAAUGAACAUUUAAUAAGAUGAAUUAGAAGAAGCAUAAUAAUAGCAAAGUCAUCGAUCUAAAAAAUUACUGAAAGACAUAAGCGUUUUCUUGACAAGGAACCAAUCUAGUAUCAGUAAAGACUUGCCUAAGAAGCUAAUGUAAUCAGUUUAAGAAAAUAGUGAUUAAGAUUAGAAGAAGGCACUUGAAGAAAUUAUGCUCGAUGAUGUAGAUGAAUCAAAAAGAAAAAACAAAUAUGUUAUUCAUAAAGUACAAGACUACUCUCAAAAAAUAUUAAGAAAUCCAAGAUAGAAAUUUGAAUAAAAUUAAAGUCCUAUGAGUUAAUCUGUAAUUUAUAAUUCCUCUCCUUAUCACAGCUAAGCUAAUAAAGUAAUAAAUACAAACAUAAGCUAUGAUAAUGCAUCAGUUUCGUCACUAAGACAAAGAUCACUUUCUCCUCAUAUGAAUUACUAUUAGAAUUCUAAUAAAAAAAAAUCAUAAGUAUCAUUUUAAUAAGAUGAAAAAGCAUCAUGCAAUUUAUAUAGUCCUGAAAAAGAAGUCUUAAAUUCGAAUUAACAUUUAUCAAGAUCAGAAAGGAGCUAGUCUUUUCAGUAAUAGAAUUUAAACUGCAGUCUUAAUUAAAACAGUGAUAAAAGAAGUAUUAGUAACCACACACCUCCAUCCAUUUAAAAUAGUUAUUCAUUUAAUCAAAGCAAUGUCGAUGACCAUUUUAUAUCUAAAAAAUAUUCCUUUAUCAUAAAUGCAGAAAAUAAAAUCUAAAAAAUGAUUUAAAGAUAUGAUUUUUAUGACUCAGAAUACCAAAAGAUACAAAGAAGAGUCUAGAAUAAGAGAGAAUAAAUAAAUAAUGACUUAGACGGAUCUGUUGCCCAUUCUCCUGAUAUAAAAAAGCACAUUGAUAACGAAAAUUUAUUAGAAGUCCUGUUGAGAUAAACAAACUAUCAAAAAAGAAAAGAAGAAAGGAUCAAAGUAAAAUAAUAAAACAAGUAUGGGAAGGCAUGGUAAAACUUAUAUCUACCAAAAAUUCCAACCAAGUAUCAAAGUGUGAGCUAUAGCAAAUAGCAACUAUCUCAGUAGCAACAAUUAUAAUAAUAAUAAUAAUAGCAUCAUCAAAUAUCUCAAACAAUUCCAAUAAACGAGCCAUCAUAGAAAAAUUUGGAUAAAUAAAAUUUUCAAUUAAACAACUAAAAACAGCCACAAAAUUUAUACAAAAAAAUAAUUUUUCAAAUAUAAAAUAAGAAAUGA